CUGCAUCGACCCUGGAGCACCCUGCGUCGAUGACGAUUCAGUCACCGUGGAUAUGAUCGACAACUGCGACUACCUACGGGUAAUGGGGAAUGGCUGGUGUGACGAAGAGAACAACAACGAGCUAUGCGCGUACGAUGGCGGCGACUGCUGCGAGUGCACGUGCGAGAGCGCUUGGAAUGACGACUACACCUGCAGCAGCGAGCACGGCAUCUUCAACUGCAAAGACCCGAACGCCUCCUGCUUCGGCGAAGAAACUACUGGGAGCGAUGACUUCAGCACCGACGACCAGCCAAUGUCGUACGAAUUUGUCCCCUGGGAAGAGACAGAGGCCCUGCCGACGGUCGACGGUGCUGUUGAGGUGGGCACCAAGACCGAGGUGGGCGUAUCAUCUACCGCCCACGACGUGCGGCCCGGCGACGACGGGUGCGGAGAGGUCGGCGGCCUUGGCUGCACGGCGGCCAACACCCGUGAUGGAAUUUUCUCCGAGAUCGAGUCGAGGUGGUCGUGCGCCACGAAGCUCGUGGAUGACGAAGGGCCGUGCCAGAUCGAGUUCACCUUUGCCGAACCCCAGACCAUUGUGGACAUCCAGGUUGCCUUCUGGAAGGGAAACGAGCGCACCCGUACCCUAGAGGUGAGGGCGACACCCAGCAGGCUGAAGAUCACCGAAACAACAAGCCCUCUAUUUUAG